UUGCCCCACUCACAUUAGUUCAUUCUUCAAACGAUACACGCAGCGAAUUUGCUGUGAAAAUCUAUACAAAUUUAGAACAUUAUUAUUUCUUUCUCUCUCGCUAAAAAGAGACCUCCACACACACACACACAUAACCGAUAAAAUAUAUUGGACCAAAGCAAAAAAAAAGCAGCACACAAGGAGAAGAAAACGAAAAAGAAGAAGCGACAUUAAAAUAAAAUAAAAUACGUACGAAAUAGAUGUCGUUUAUACAACAAUAGAAAACAGAAAAAAAUCUAACACGAAUUGGCGAACAAACCGCAGAGAAAAUUCAUUUCACACAAGGGCGAAUUCAUCUCAUACAGUGACUAAGCAGCGCAUUAUCGUCGUCAUUCAAUAUUCUAUUAACGAAAUUGAAAGAAAAUACAGAAUUUUUUUUUGAACAAGAUAAAGUGCUUUGAAAAGCCACACAUUGAAUAAUACCUUUUGAUCGGCUCGAGUGUUAAAUAAUUCGAAUCGUUUUAAAUUCUAUAGUUUUGUGGUGUUUUUAUUUGACAGUAAUAAAAUAAAUAUGGCUGCACUGUCACGUCGAAUUGUAAAAGAAACAAUGCGUUUGCUGCAGGAACCAGUGCCCGGCAUCAGUGCCGUUCCCGAUGAAAACAAUGCACGUUAUUUUCAUGUCAUCGUCACCGGACCAUCAGAUUCACCAUUCGAAGGUGGCCUAUUCAAAUUGGAAUUAUUUUUACCCGAAGAUUAUCCAAUGUCAGCGCCAAAAGUACGAUUCAUUACGAAAAUCUAUCAUCCAAACAUUGAUCGCUUAGGUCGGAUAUGUUUAGAUAUAUUGAAAGAUAAAUGGAGUCCAGCACUGCAAAUUCGCACCGUCCUAUUGUCUAUUCAAGCUUUGCUAUCAGCACCAAAUCCAGACGAUCCACUUGCCAACGAUGUGGCAGAACUUUGGAAGGUGAAUGAAAGUGAGGCUAUCCGUAAUGCAAAGGAAUGGACUCAUCGAUAUGCAAUGUAAAUGAUGAUUUUGUACAUGAGUUUCGAGAGGAGGAGAUUGAAUCGCGGGCAUGCGAUCCACUAACGUUUAUGGUAACAAGAAAAUAAAAACAACAACAUUUAAAUGAGUAAAAGUUUGAAAGAUGAGAUGAUAGAGUGAAUAGAAUAUAAACAAUUUUCAGUGUGUGUUAUCAUUGUGGAAACAGAAACUUAAACGAUUUGUUUGAAACAAGGGCAAUUAAGAACAUGCAAAAAUAAAAACAAAGUAAAUAAAAAUCAACCACAAGAAAAGAAGAACACUACACACAAAACAAGAUUUAAAUUAUGAAACAUGAAUGAGAUACAUGGAAUAAUUUGAUUUAAUUGGAUUUAUACUGUACUAUGAUAAAGAAAACGUUCUAAUAAAUUUUUGAGGGAAAUAAAUUAAGAGCAAAUCACUCAAAAAACCAAGAAACACACAAGCAAAUUAAGCAUCAAUCCGAUUAAUUUAAAGAAUAAAAAUAUUUACUAUAAAACAAUGAAAAAUAAAAAGCUACAACAACAACAACAACAAAAUUAUAAAAAAUGGCAAAAAUAAAUCAUUUUAUAUUAG